GAGGGAGGGCGUUUGUCUGUGGGCGGUUACAAACGCUGCGUGAUUCACAAACCUUAUUUGUUCGUACUACUUUGAGCGCCAUCUUGUUUGUAACUCUUCUACGUAAGUGGUAGAGUUUCUACUGAGGGGGGUAUCGGAUUACCCUUUUUUUUCUCCUUCCUCCCCCCUACCCCACCCUCAGCUUCAGACCGGGAACCUCUCCCUGUGGCAGGCUUUACGCACAGGCGCGUCUGCUUUACAGCCUUUUCUCCGGAAAAAAAAAGUCUUUUCAAGCGGACAGAAAUGAGCAUCGAAACGCUUCUGGAAGCGGCCAAGUUUUUGGAAUUUCAAGCCCAGCAACAACAGAAAGCACGUGAGGAUGAACUAAAGGAGAAGCUGCGUCUGCAGCACCUGAAAGAGCAGAGCCACCCUAAUGUGAACUCCACAAUCCACAUCAACAAUGUUUCUAAAGCAGAGGAGCUCCACAUGGAGUCCCGUCCCCCACCCAUACCAUCAGCUCUGUCACCUCCCUCCGUCCCCAUUACAGUCAUCCCAAUACCUGUGGUCACCCCCAACCUUACAGGCUCACCUACUCUACCUGUUACCACGCUCUCCCCUCCUGCUGCUCCUCCACUGGCCUCCCCAAAGACAGACUCUCAUGCCCCUCUGGAGCAAAGUGCCGCAGCUCUGCUCUGCUCUCCACAGCCCAAACCUGACACCCAAACCAUGGUGACUGCCAACCACAAGCAGCCGAUACAAAACCACCACCUUCAGCCGCAGCUCGUCACCCAAACCAACAACACUAAACUACACCAGCAGCUGGUUCAGCGCUAUCCGGGUACCAUCGUCUCGCCCAUACAGCCGCAAGCCUUACUGCCCCAUUCAGGCCCGGUGCUUCAGCAGGCCCCCCUGCACAAUGGCCCCGUCAGCCGGGGAAGUCCUCCUGAUGACAGUCGCCAGCUAGACAGCAAGAAGAGGCCUGGAGGGGCUGGUACAAGAGAGGUGCAUAACAAACUUGAGAAAAACAGACGAGCACACCUGAAGGAGUGCUUCGAGACGCUGAAAAAGAACAUCCCGAACAUUGAUGAGAAGAAAACCUCCAACCUGAGUGUCUUAAGAAGUGCACUGAGAUACAUUCAGACAUUAAAGCGCAAAGAGAAGGAGUAUGAGCACGACAUGGAGCGUCUGGCCAGAGAAAAGAUCGCUACCCAACAGCGACUAGCAGAGCUGAAGAAUGAUCUUAGCCAGUGGAUGGAUGUGAUCGAGAUCGACCGCAUCCUCCGACAGACGGUGCAGCCGGAGGAGGACCAAGCUUCAACCUCCACAGCCUCGGAAGGUGAAGACAUAAUGGAUGACGAUCUGGACGAAGAGCCUGCACCAAGAGCACCCACUGCCUUACCCACCGUGCCUCAAAUCAUGAAACCUGAGCUGCGCACAACUGCAACACCUACUCAAGUCCCAACUGUGAUGCCCACCACCACUACCUCCUUCACCGCCCCUCACAACCAGCGCAAAGCCCCUCAGCACCAGCCUCAGCCGCUACCAGUGACUCCCCCACAGCCACUGUCUAAACCUGCAGCUCCACCAACGCUCACUGCCACUACAUCCAGCACACCUUGUCAGCUGUCAAAUCCCACCCAGACGCAGAUGGUGACCACACCCAGUCUGCACCCCACAGUUAUUGCUCAUGCACCAGUGUCCCACCCUUCGGUCAUCCAAGUGAUCCCAAGUCAGAGCUCCAAAAACAUCGCCCAGCUGGCUCCCUCCACCACCACCAGCUCUGUGCAAUUAGCCCCCGGCCACCAGCCCAUCAGUCACAUAACCGUGCACCCAGUGGCUCACCUGAGCCAGCAUUUACCCACUCUCUACUCUCAGCCGGUGGCUGUCACACAGUCGGCUGUGGUCGGUCACAUCACUCAAACAAUAAACCAUGCUCAUGUGAACGGCAGUGCGCCUACACAGCCAACUGCCACCAUUGUUGGUAAGCAGACAGCAGUGAGCACCCAGAUGAUGGCCCACCACCCGCAGCUAGUGGGUCAGACGGUGCUCAACCCUGUGACCAUGGUAACCAUGCCCUCCUUUCCCAUCAGCACUCUGAAGCUGGCCUGAACACUGCCAACAGGACCACUGAGCUCCAGACUGUGAUCCCCAUGACAGGGGUAAAGUGAUGGAGGGAUGUUAUUCCCCCAUGUUAACAAAGUGACCAAAAACAAGUCCCUGUUCUUAACCUUCCACCUUCUUGUGUGUUGGUUAGUGUUGUGGGAGCACUCAAUGGGCCACCUCCCUGCGGUGAACCACGGGCUUCAUACCAGGCCAUUGACAAGCCAACCGUGUGUGCAGGAGACCUGCUGGAGACCCUUCUGCUCUGUUUAAUUCUCACUUAAAAGCAUUAAAGUGGACACAAAGCUGAGAACAAUCCUAAAACUCCUUCUAGACCAGACUACCACAACUUCUAAGAUAUAACAGGCUGCAUGUGACUGACGGUCAUAACGUUGUGUUUGUGUUGUACACAGUGGGCUGAUGUGCAGUUUUUGACCUUCACCUGCCAUCCUUUGUUGUUUUAAAGUGAGGCAGUGUGUAUUUUCACAGAAGCUAGAAAGAAACGGCCUCACAUGGGAAAAUGUCGAUCUGCUAUUAUAGAGUCCAGACAGUGUAGGAGCAGAGUGCUGGCCCGCCAAACCCAGCUCACGGAGAAUGUGGUUCAGAGGAGCCCCUCCUCUUCAGCAGCAGCACAUGCUGUAAGGUUGGAGCCAAAUCAUGGACUGCACUUAGCCGCCUGAGCAGGAGCUGCAGUCCUCGGUGAUAGUGCACACAGCAGCAGCUCCCCCUGGUGGCUGUUUGUGUUCAUAGUCAAACCACCACCUCUGCAACAAUGACACAAUUCUUCCAGUGAAGUAAAAUGAUGAUAUCACAUCAGAGUGUCUGAAAGAAAAAAAAAAAAAAAA